UGGCGGCGCAUGCGCCGAGCUGGCCGACUCGAACCGAGGCUUUUAUUGCUGUAGUUUAUUUCCACCCCCUUCCCUCCUGUUCUCUCUCCUCUCUUUUUUUCCGCCCUAGCUGGGGCUGUGUUGGAGGAGAGGAAGAAGGAGAGACAGAGGCUUGUAUUCGUCCUUUACCUUCUUGAGACUUGCUACGAACAAGACCACAUAGGCGGUUGCAUCUUUUUCAAUUCUGCAAAAAAAAAAAAAAAAAAAAAUUAUAUAAAUAUAUAUACACAUACCAGAUCCCCUUCCCGGCAGUUUUUGCUGUAAAGCUGCCCUCUUGCAAUUGAUUUUUUUCCCAGGAGAGAGAUGUCUUACCAGGGGAAGAAGAAUAUUCCACGCAUCACGAGUGAUCGUCUUCUGAUCAAAGGAGGUAAAAUUGUUAACGAUGACCAGUCCUUCUAUGCAGACAUAUACAUGGAAGAUGGGUUGAUCAAGCAAAUAGGAGAAAACCUGAUUGUGCCAGGAGGGGUGAAGACCAUCGAAGCCCAUUCCAGAAUGGUGAUCCCAGGAGGAAUCGACGUGCACACUCGGUUCCAGAUGCCCGACCAAGGAAUGACAUCUGCUGAUGACUUCUUCCAAGGGACUAAGGCGGCCCUGGCCGGGGGGACCACCAUGAUCAUCGACCACGUGGUUCCCGAGCCCGGGACCAGCCUGCUGGCUGCCUUCGACCAGUGGAGGGAAUGGGCCGACAGCAAGUCCUGCUGCGACUACUCCCUGCACGUGGACAUCACCGAGUGGCACAAGGGCAUCCAGGAGGAGAUGGAAGCCCUGGUGAAGGACCACGGGGUAAAUUCCUUCCUUGUGUACAUGGCUUUCAAAGAUCGCUUUCAGCUGACCGACUCCCAGAUAUAUGAAGUCCUGAGUGUGAUCCGGGAUAUCGGUGCCAUCGCCCAAGUCCAUGCAGAAAAUGGCGACAUCAUCGCAGAGGAGCAGCAGAGGAUCCUGGAUCUGGGCAUCACCGGCCCUGAAGGACACGUGCUCAGCCGGCCGGAGGAGGUGGAGGCUGAAGCGGUGAACCGUUCCAUCACCAUUGCCAACCAGACCAACUGCCCCCUGUACAUCACCAAGGUGAUGAGCAAGAGCGCUGCUGAAGUCAUCGCCCAGGCCCGGAAAAAGGGAACCGUGGUGUAUGGCGAGCCCAUCACCGCCAGCUUGGGAACUGAUGGCUCCCACUACUGGAGCAAGAACUGGGCCAAGGCUGCUGCCUUUGUCACUUCCCCGCCCCUGAGCCCAGAUCCAACCACUCCAGACUUUCUCAACUCCUUGCUGUCCUGUGGCGACCUCCAGGUCACUGGCAGUGCCCACUGUACUUUCAACACUGCCCAGAAGGCUGUAGGAAAGGACAACUUCACGCUGAUUCCCGAGGGGACCAACGGCACUGAGGAGCGGAUGUCCGUCAUCUGGGAUAAGGCUGUGGUCACUGGGAAAAUGGAUGAGAACCAGUUCGUGGCUGUGACCAGCACCAACGCAGCCAAAGUCUUCAACCUUUACCCUCGGAAAGGCCGCAUUGCUGUGGGAUCCGACGCAGACCUGGUCAUCUGGGACCCCGACAGCAUUAAAACCAUCUCUGCCAAGACACACAACAGUUCUCUGGAGUACAACAUCUUCGAAGGCAUGGAGUGCCGCGGCUCUCCGCUGGUGGUCAUCAGCCAGGGGAAGAUCGUCCUGGAGGACGGCACGCUUCAUGUCACCGAAGGCUCUGGGCGCUACAUCCCCCGGAAGCCCUUCCCUGACUUUGUUUACAAGCGUAUCAAGGCCAGGAGCAGGCUGGCGGAGCUAAGAGGCGUGCCCCGCGGCCUGUAUGACGGACCCGUGUGCGAGGUGUCCGUGACGCCCAAGACGGUCACUCCAGCCUCCUCGGCCAAGACGUCGCCUGCCAAGCAGCAGGCCCCGCCUGUCCGCAACCUGCACCAGUCUGGAUUCAGCUUGUCCGGCGCACAGAUUGAUGACAACAUUCCCCGCCGCACCACCCAGCGCAUCGUGGCGCCCCCUGGCGGCCGUGCCAACAUCACCAGCCUGGGCUAGAGCUCCUGGCCCCACCGGCUGCCUGGGGACGGGGGAUGGGACACCUGAGGACAUUCUGAGACUUCCUUCCUUCCUUCCUUCCUUUUCUUUCCUUUUUUUUUUUUUUUUUUUUUUUAAGAGCCUGUGAUAGUUACUGUGGGGCAGCCAGUUCAUGGGGCGCCCUGUGGGGCCCUGCUCCGCCGCCACGCGGAGCUCCCGGUGUCGCUCACCGCUUCCCUAGGCAUCCACCCACCCGUACACAGAACCGCAUCCAACACUCAGACAUGCACCACAAAGCAAAUCACCAAGAGGGGUCUGCAUCGCGAACCUCUGCUGUACUCCGUAGCAUCUGCCUUUCACUGAGGGAAGAGAAAGUGAACUGCCCAGAGCUGCCUUCUGCUUUUCUUUUAAAAAAAUUAUUUUAAUUAAAAGUUUUCUUUGUGGGGCUGGGGAGGUUCUGGGAGUGGGAGAGUUAUCUUUUUUUUUUUUUUUUUUUAAUAGUCCAUUGGAAAGUCUAAUUUAAUAUUAACACAAGGGGUUUGAACUGGACAUCCUAAUGAUGCAAUUACAUAACCAUCGCGCUGAGUCAGGGGGUUGGCAGAGGGGUCGCGUGGGGCCUCCACACGGCCACUGCCAUCAUUUUCUGGAUCAGAUGUGUUCAACGGGCAGGUUUUCUUUUUUCUUUUUGGCCUAGUUUUUGCUGCAUACCGAAUCUUUUGAGGAUUCUCUUCUCCACCAUUUUCUUGUGUGUGUGCACUGUGUUCUCUCUCUGUCUCUAGCUUUUUCAUUCAUGAACAUUUUCACAUCUCUCUUCUCUUUGUGUUUUCUCUGGCCCUCGUCUCUGAGACAGUGGAUGUCCCUUCUUCUCUGGCUGUCUUUCCACUUCACCCUGUCUCCCAUUUUACUGUGGUCCCAGGACCUGCCCGGAAGGACUCCAGCUUUGCCACUGUCACCAUGGUAACCUGUCAUCCUAGUCCAUGUAAGAUUGGUGCUACCCUCUGCCAUCGCGAGGCCACCAUUUGAAUCUGAGACCCUGGCCAGGCGCAGGGCCAGGCCGGGUUGUGCUGCCCACGCGAUCGCACAAGGGCCUAGAAUGGAACCGCAAACAGCGCCGAGAUGCGGAAGUUGGAGGCUGCACACCUUGCGUGGGUUUCCUCUGGGCAAUGCUGAUUGGCUGAAGUGACAGCCCCGUAGGUCCAGCCCUGUAACCCAGGUGAGCCAAUGGCCACUGGCGACUACCUGCUUAGAGUGCUAAGCCAGCAGGGGUCUGGCUCUCCGGUCCUGCAGUUUCCUGGGCAUGUAUCUAGACCACACUGAGGCUCCUCACCUUGGGGAGGAAAAAAAGUUUUUUUUUGUUUUGUUUUGUCCAAUUAUUUCUAAAGACAUAAUGCAAUAUAGGGAGGCCUUAUAAAUUCAGAAAACCCUUGGAAAAUUUGACCUGAGUUCGUUUUACUUUGCAAGAGGAAAAGUCAGUUUUAGCACUGCUACUACGUCACAUCGGCUCUGUUUUGGGGAGAAAACGUUACCAGUUAGACGUGUGUGCCCCUCAGAGACCUAGGGUGACCCUGGCUCCUUGUCUCAGUGACGCUUUCCCACCGGCUGCCUCCUCCAUGUCCAGCCCUGUCCUUGCUGACUUGUGUGGCAGGGCCUUCCAGCUGUGUCCGCGGGUUGUUAGGAGCAAUGCUGUGCUCUCUGGCUCCUGUAAAGCCAGAUCCGCUGUCCUAAAGCGUAACAUCCAAAAGUAGGCCAUUACACCAUCCACUCGCCUCUCCUCACGUUAUGCCUUUGGGGUUAUGGUUGGGGUUUGGAACUUUGUUGUUGUUGUUUUAUUUGUUAUUUUAAAAGUAAAUUGCACUUUUAAAAAAAUAAUUGGUUGACUUAAUAUAUUUGCUUUUUUUUUCUCACCUGCACUUAGAGAAAAUUUGAACAAGUUGGAAAAAAAGUUUUGUUUCAAUUCUAAGAAACACUUGCAGCUCUUCAGUAUUCACUUGAGUCUUCCUAUUUUUUUUUUCCUGUACCAGAUCAUGGCAAUUUUGGUUGUUCAAUUGUUUUCUUAAGAAACGAUUUAAAACCUGAAAAUUCCCCAGGCUGUGUAAGCAUGUUUACUUGUUGGCUUGCUUUGUGUGUGUGUUCAAUGAAUGUCAUAUGUAAAUGCUAAAAUAAACUGACAGUGUCUCAGAACUGAUUAACUGCAGUGACUUGAUGCUCUAAAACAGUGUAGGAUUGAAUAAUAGAUGGUUUUUAAUCCUUGGAAUUGAAAUUGUGACGUGACCCCUGAGUGGAGGAACUUUCAGUGCUGACGCUGAUAAUGUGUGUAGCCCGAAGAGUACUUUUUUUUUUUGUAACCACUGUCUUAAUGGCAAAAUAAUUAUGGUAAAAUACAAGUCUCGUGUUUAUGAUUCCUUAAGAACUCUGUGUUAUAUUACCAUGGAACGCCUAAUAAAGCAAAAACGUGGUUGUUUCA